CGAAAUAUGAGCGCGCGAGUGCUGAACCCGGCGAUGAUGACGGAAAUAAGCAGGAACCUGGACGGCGGCGGCGGCGGCGGCGGACGAGCGGCGCCGAGCAGGGCCGCGCUCGCGCGCGUCCGCCGCGAUCUCUUCGGACCGGUGGACCACGCGGCGGCGCGGGCGCUCGCCGACCGCGAGCUGCAGGCCCAGUCGCGGCUCGACGCCGACCGCUGGGGCUUCAACUUCAAGCUGGGCGUGCCGCGGUCCAAUUCGCGCUACGAGUGGAAACCGCUGACGGAGCACGACGUCGUGCCCGAGCCCUACGCCCUGCGCGGCAUGCCCUACCUGAGGAAACACGCGCCCGGGACGCCGCGCAAGCUGCGCCUCGACGAGGCGUCGUCGAGCAGCGCCGCCGCGACGUCGCCGUCCGCGACGGGGACGACGUCGCUCGCCGCGGCGUUGACGAGCACGAGGAUCGCCGAGCAGACCGAGUCCGUCGUCGUCGCCACGCCGACGGCCGAGAGGACGCCGCCGCAGGAGCCCCGCGUGCCCGAGAUCGGCGAGGCCACGACGCCGCAUCACCUCCCGGACGCGGACGCCAAGAGGAAGAGGUGCUCGAUGGAGCCGACCACCCCCGUGCUGUCCCACGCCGCGAGGAAACAGUCUGCGAUCACCGACUAUAUGAAGAGUCGUAAGCGCGGCCUGAACGGCACCGCAAAGAGCAUGAUAGAGCCGCCGGAGAAGAUCGCUCGCAACGCGGGUCAGAUACGCAGCUAAAAGCCUUCAGCUUCCUCGAUCCAACUUGGCCGUCCUCUUCCACCUCGUUCGUACGCGACGCGGGACAGUACCGGAAGUGGGAAGCUGCACACCGCCCGCGUGGAGUAACGGGGAGAGAAGAGGGCAAGGGACUCGGACAGGAGGCGCGAGGUCCGCGUUGGCUGUGCCAUUCACAUAUAGUUUUAUCCGCCAUGAGCGCAGGCGAAAACAGACGGAAAUAAACGAAUAAAAGCGAGGAAAAGGGAGAAAAAGAAAAAAAUCUAGACACUGAAAGUGUAAACGCCGUUCUCCAUCACGUAUAUCUUCAUCCGUCAUAUCGCUUUGUAAUACCGCGAGGAUUACGAGAAUAGCAGCAACGAUCAAGAGAGGAUGUGGGAGAGACGGAGGUUCAAGACAGAGAAACGAAGAGAGAAACGAAAGACGCUUGGUGGGGAAAAGAGAAUACGACUCUCGUCGUUAUUUUUUUAUGAUAUGUGUCACAUCUUUUUCUGUAUUAGACUAUAGAGUAAGUAACACUAAGGAGAAUAUAAAUAAUUAGAUUGUAGAUAAAGGAAUAUUGAUUUGUGUCCAAAUUAAUUAAUGUAAUAUAUUCUUUGUUUGUUUCUGAAACGUUCUUAGAAAAAUGUUUAAACAACGUCGUUACACAAAUACGUUAUGUGAGAAAGGGUGAGUGUGUGUGCGCGCGCGUGAGUGAAGCUAAGAAAUACAUGCAAGUUUGUAUAGGCUAUUCUCAUAGGGAUUAGUUGAUUAGACAUUAAGAUAUAGAACAGAGUAUAUCGCGCGUAUUCAUUGGAUCUAAUUGAAGGGGACGCUUGAGUCUGGUCCAUGGAAUUUCGGUACUCGCGAUUGCCGCGUUCUAACCCGGUGAUAAAAAUUCUUUCGCUAAAGCUGUGAAGAUAUUAAAGGUCUAUUUGAAAACGGUGGGGCGGAGAUAUCGCGCCGGUUUCGACGCCGUGGCUUUGAAACGUGUGCGAUAUCGAAGCGAUUUCGAAUUAUUGAAAAGUUUCUCACGCGAGCCUUUGUUUGGAGUUCUCAAACGAAUCGGAAUAUUUUUUUCCUCGGUUUUGCAAAAACCCCGAAGAGGAUAAGUGCAAAAGAGAGAGGGAGAGAGAAAGCGGUUGCGAUUCCGUGGCCAGUGAAUGCGACCAGUUUUAAGGAAGAAGAGAAAUAUAUGGAUUUAGCUGUAGUUCGUUACCCAAGAUUAAGCAUUGAUCUCCUGUACGAAUUUAAGAAAGUACAGCCGAUGCCAAAUCACCCCGUGAUUUUUUCUUCUCUACCUAUUAAACGCAGAAAAAAAAAGAAGAUUCGUUCAUCUCCUUUCUCCCUUUUCCCCUUCUUCGCCCCGUAUCGCAUUUGUUUCCGGCAGAUAAUGGCAGGGGACACGUAAUCGUCGUAAAGCUUUUGUGGAAAGAACAUAAUUCGGUUGCCUCUUUUACAUUAUCCCCAUUUCUUUUACUUUCUUUUAAACAUUUUCACUUUCGGUUAAAUUGGAUUCUUCGGUUUUGCCGCGAUAUUCUCUCGAAAAUUUACUUAGACACUGCUUUUUCAGCUAUGCUUUUCCGCGUUUCAAUUGAUUUAGACAAAUGUAACAGCCUUACAUAAAAAUCCACAACUUUAAACGUCUAUGUUUGAUUAAACGUAAAACUAGUAGAGUUUUUUUUAGAGAUUUAUCUUAAUAUCUAAUCUUAAAAAGUAUAUGUAUACUCGAUGAUAUUCUGAUAUCUUCGUCAGGAAUAUUAAAUUAAUCACAAUGGCAUUAACCUUUUGUUAGUCGCACAAUGUAUACGUUUUAAGAGGAGGCGAGCUUCUUUCAGUAAUAAUGCUCUUUCCAGUAUACAUAUAAAUGAAAAGGAAAACAAAAGAAAUAGUGUGCGCACCGGAAAUCAAUCUUCAACUAUCUAACAAGAGGCUAAUGGCUUGCGAAUUUUUAUUCUCAUAAUUGAGUGAUUACGAGAAGAAGCAUUUUCUUUGACAGGCAUCAUUGAGACCAAGAAUAAAGCAUUUCACAGCGUAGAAGGAUUUCAGUGCAAAUAGUGAAGCGAGCGAAUUUAUUUCGUUGGCCAACGACGAAUUUACGAAGCACAAAAUAUUAGCGUAAACUAUCUAAUUGUAUGUUAAUUGAGUUGUCGACGAAUAUGAAGAACUGUUAAACAUGUUCAAAGGAAAAAUCGAAGCUUUCGACGGUUGUGAGGAGAAAAUCUAUCGACUGUGUCUACUUCGAAUAAACUCGCGCAUUUUGAGGGCCAUGUCUCCAACUUGGCGAAAUUUCAUCCAAGUAGACUCGAUAGUUUGGUGCUCCUUUAAAAACCAGAAACCAAUUCGAUUGCUCGGUUGCACGUUCUUAAUAGUCGAGUUUCGUAAUGGUAGCUAUGUUUAUCAUACGACUUUCUGUUUGUUAAUACCCUAUAACGCGAUCCUCGUCAGAUAUCCUAUCGUAACUUGCUCUUCCUGAAACGUUUUCCUGUUCGCCAUUUCCCUUUUUGAGAUUAUAACCCAAAAAAUACGACUGGUGGUUACAAACUAUUUUUUCAAAGUCCGCCCGUAACAUCCGAGCAUGUGGGAGAGAAGCGUCGAAAAAAAAAUUGCAAACGAUAAAUCCAAUCUCAAGUGUACGCAUUGAUCGCAAUGUUCGUUUUCUUCCGCGCGGAACGGAAAGUCCAGAGUUUCACAAAAUUCACAAAAUAGCGGUUGGAUCGGUUGAAAGUAAACUAUCAUUGAUUAUUACGUUCAUGACAGAUGCGGCACCUCGCGAUUUCGGCAUCAGCGCAGCAAGUCGGUGAGGGACAAAUGAGUGAAGUUAAUCCGGCGAUGUCACUGUGGUGUACAGAAUUUUUCCGAUUGAAAUUUUUCUCAAUGAAGACAGGAUCGUGAUGACAGCUUCAAGUUUUAGUGAAAAUAUUUUCCGUUUUUAUUGACGUACCGCAAAAUUAAAUAAAAAUGAUCGAAGGUACUUUAUACCGCACGGUGUCACCGCUGGAUAAGAAACACACAGAACUUGGGAAUCUUGGAAUCUCGUAAGAUCUGAGAAAGUCGGGACGCGUGGUGCCUGUCGUGGAGAAAACUACAAAAAAAAAUAGUAAAGAGAGAAAAAUCUAAUGUUUAUGUAACCCUGUGAUGUAUUAGUAUGAUCUCAGUAAACAUAACUUAGCGUGUACUUCUUAUCUGUAAUAAUUAGUUUAUGUAUGUCUAUGGCGAUAGCGAGAAAUUGUGACGGACACCUGAAAGGUGUUGUGUCGUAGAGUAUAAAGGAUAUAGAACGAUUUCCGAUAUUUGCGUGCGUGCGUGCAUGUGAUAUAUGUAUGAGAGUGUGUGCGUGCCGCAGAAUGAAGGAUGAGAGAGAGAGAUAAAACAGAAGAGAGGCCACCUAGUGAAUCACGCUUCACUUUCAGUCGACACUUGGCGAUAUAAAAUUAUAUAUGUGUAACGACAAUAUUAUAUUAUAUAUAUAAAAGCUGUAACUAUAAGAGAGUCUAAAAAAACUAACUAACUAGCAUAAGAGAAUUGUGACCCCAUUUGUUUAUUAAAAAAAGAUCUAUCUAUA